AUGUCAACCCAAUUUUCCAUAGACUCUGUUGGCUCUUAUAUGCAGGCAAUGAAUACCAUGGUAUCUGCUGCUCAAAAUUUCACAUUUGGUAGCAAUGUGGCUGUCGCUCCGGAAAUUGAUAAUGAAAUCGAUCAGCCCAAAGACAAGUCAGUUGUUCAGCUAACAACACUCUCUCAAGAUAGAAAUGAAUGGGAUGAUAUAUUCGAUAGGUUCGGAGAGCUUUCGCGAGAGAAUGUUUUGAAGGCGAUUAGAGAAGUGACAUCUGAUAAUAAACCAUCAGGCGUCUUGAAAGAUUUGCAAGCGCUUUUGGAAAAAGAACCACUUAGUAUGGAUACACAGACUUUACUGGAAUCUUUGUUGGUUUUGCUAGAAAAUAAAGAUUUAGAUUCAUUGCAAAUGGAGCUUUUUGAUUUCCUUGGAGACGAAAAUAUUGAGCUGAUUACUUUUUUGAUAGAGCAUCGCAAUUACUUGCUAUCAACCACAAGCGAAGAUCUAAUGAAUUGCAUUGGGGGCUCAGCCGACUCAGAAACGUUUUUAUCCGAGAAAGAAAUCCGUGAACAGGUUUUAAAGACCGCUCAAGAUAUAAGGAAUCUCGAACUAAACCCACUACAAAGACAGGAACAGUAUCCCCAUGUGUUUCGAAAAUCCGAAGCUGGAUCAAGUUGUACACUUUCUUUCACGAAUCAAAAGUUUGCCUUACCUGUUGGAACCACGAGACAGUCCUACGCUUCACGAGAGGAAAUUAUUAUUCCGGCUGCUGACAAAGGUUUUCAAAAGUCUCUCAGAUUCAAGAACAUAAGGGUCAAAGACUUAGAUAACUUCUGUACUUCUGUGUUUUCUUAUGAGUCAUUAAAUGCGGUUCAAAGCUUGGUAUAUCCCGUCGCAUAUGAAACAAACGAAAACAUGCUUAUAUGCGCGCCAACGGGUGCUGGUAAGACCGAUGUAGCUUUGAUGACAAUCCUAAACACAAUAAGACAAUUUGCAGAAGUUGACGAGCAAGGAAACAUCGACAUUGAGUACGAUUCAUUCAAAGUUGUGUACGUAGCUCCGUUAAAGGCUCUGGCGGCAGAAAUUGUCGACAAAUUUAGCAAGAAGCUCGCCGUCUUUGAUAUUAAAGUCCGUGAACUUACUGGUGAUAUGCAGCUGACGAAGGCCGAGAUACUGGAAACGCAGGUCAUUGUCACAACACCCGAAAAAUGGGACGUUGUCACAAGAAAAGCUAACGGCGAUAACGAUUUGGUGUCUAAGAUCAAGCUCUUGAUCAUCGAUGAAGUUCAUUUACUACACGAAGAAAGAGGUUCUGUAGUGGAAACGCUCGUUGCUCGUACUUUGCGCCAAGUUGAACGGUCACAAUCAAUGAUCAGAAUUCUUGGUUUAUCUGCUACUUUACCUAAUUUUAUUGAUGUUGCUGACUUUUUAGGAGUCAAUAGGCACGUUGGUAUGUUUUAUUUUGAUCAGUCAUUUCGACCUAAACCUCUAGAACAACAGUUGCUUGGUGUUCGUGGUAAGGCCGGGAGCAAACAAGCCCGCGAAAACAUCGACAAUGCAGCAUAUGAAAAAAUGGUUGAUAUGAUACAGCGGGGAAAUCAAGUGAUGAUUUUCGUUCAUUCCAGAAAGGAAACUGUAAAGAGCGCUAGGACGUUCAUAUCUAUGGCUCAGUCCCACCAUGAGAUUGAUCUUUUCACCGAAAACUCCUCGAUAAGAGAUUCGUACUCUAGAGAGAUGACCAAUAACAAGGACAAGGAUAUUAAAGAGCUUUUUCAAUCUGGGUUUGGUGUUCAUCAUGCGGGUCUGUCAAGGUCAGACCGCAAUCUUUCAGAAAAAAUGUUCAAAGAUGGCGCCAUCAACGUUCUAAUCUGCACUGCUACCUUAGCCUGGGGUGUUAAUUUACCUGCCGACUGUGUCAUCAUUAAAGGCACUCAAGUCUAUGAUUCGAAGAAAGGUGGGUUUGCUGAUCUCGGAAUAUCAGACGUCAUUCAAAUUUUCGGGCGGGCAGGCAGACCAGGUUUUGGCUCGUCAAACGGAACAGGUAUUCUUUGCACCACGAGUGAUUCGCUUGAUGAUUACGUCUCCCUAAUUACCCAACAGCAUCCUAUCGAAUCUAAGCUAGGAUCCAAAAUAGUAGAUAAUCUGAAUGCUGAAAUCUCCCUCGGUAGUGUUACAAAUGUUGAAGAAGGAAUUCAGUGGCUCGGGUACACUUACCUAUUCGUAAGGAUGAAAAAGAAUCCAUUCAGUUACGGAAUCAAUUGGGAGGAACUUAAAGACGACCCUCAACUAUACGAAAGGAGAAGAAAAAUGAUUGUUACAGCUGCUAGAAGGCUACACAUAUUACAAAUGAUUGUGUUUGAUGAAGUCUCACAGCAUUUCAUUUCGAAAGACUUGGGUCGUAUUUCAUCGGAUUUUUAUCUGCUAAACGAAUCUGUUGAGAUAUUCAAUUCGUUAUGCAAUCCUGGCGCAACCGAAGCGGAUGUUUUAGCCAUGAUAAGCAUGAGUAGUGAGUUCGAUAAUAUGAAAUUUAGGGAAGAGGAGUCAACCGAGCUAUCUCAAUUGAUGAAUAAUGCGGCGCAAUGCCAAAUUGGUGGAGACAUUGAGUCAUCUCAAGGAAAAACUAAUAUUCUGUUACAAUCGUACAUUUCUAGGGCUCGUAUUUUUGAUUCCGCUCUUUCAUCGGACUCGAAUUAUGUUGCUCAGAACUCGAUUCGAAUCUGUCGGGCGCUAUUUCUUGUAGGCGUCAAUAGAAGAUGGGGUAAUUUCUCGAAAGUCAUGCUUGACCUGUGCAAGUCUAUUGAAAAGCGAAUGUGGGCGUUUGAUCAUCCCCUGUGUCAGUUCGAAUUACCCGAACCGGUGAUAAGAAGACUUAGAGAAAAACGACCAUCUAUGGACAGUCUUUUUGGUUUAGACGCUGAAGAAUUGGGAGAGUUGGUACACAACAAGAGGGCGGGUCACAAAUUGCACUCUGCUUUAGAUCGCUUCCCACUUCUUGACGUGAAUGCCGAAAUAUUUCCGAUAACGGCCAAUGUGAUGAGAAUCCACGUAACGCUAACCCCAUCGUUUUUUUGGGACGUCAAAGUACACGGAAAUGCGCAGUUUUUCUGGCUCUUUGUAGAAGAGUCGGAUAAAUCUCAAAUUCUGCACGUUGAAAAGUUGAUUAUCAGCAAACGGCAAAUGAAAAACCCUCAUGAAAUGGACUUCAUGAUUCCUCUCUCUGAUCCUUUACCUCCACAAGUCGUUGCGAAAGUUGUCUCGGACGUUUGGAUCGGCAGCGAAUCUUCUCAAAUAAUAUCGUUUCAGCAUUUGAUCAGACCGCACAACGAAACAUUACAAACUAAAUUGCAAAGAUUGAGACCAUUGCCAACAAGUGCCUUAAAUAAUGAAUUGUUGGAGGAAAUCUACCCGUUCAAAUACUUUAACCCAAUGCAAACAAUGACUUUUCAUACUCUCUACAAUUCUAAUGAGAGUGUCUUUGUUGGAUCACCAACGGGAUCCGGUAAAACUGUUGUAGCUGAGCUCGCAAUGUGGCAUGCUUUCAAAACUUUUCCGGGCACUAAGGUUGUUUACAUUGCCCCUAUGAAGGCAUUGGUAAGAGAAAGAGUAACGGAUUGGAGAAAGAGAGUAACACCCAUCACUGGCGACAAGGUUAUAGAGUUGACAGGUGACUCGCUUCCAGAUCCAAGAGAUGUAAGAGAUGCAACAAUAAUCAUAACAACGCCAGAAAAGUUUGAUGGUAUAUCUCGUAAUUGGCAAACCCGUAAGUUUGUGCAAGAGGUUUCCCUCAUCAUUAUGGAUGAAAUUCAUUUGUUAGCUAGCGAUCGUGGUCCUAUCUUGGAGAUGAUUGUGAGUCGUAUGAAUUACGUGUCUUCACAGACAAAGAAGCCUGUUAGGCUUCUCGGUAUGUCGACAGCUGUCUCAAAUGCCUACGACAUGGGAGGAUGGCUAGGGGUCAAGGAUAAUGGUCUGUACAACUUCUCCUCUAGUGUUCGACCCGUUCCAUUAAAGAUGUUUAUUGAUGGCUUUCCUGACAAUUUAGCCUUUUGUCCGCUAAUGAAGACCAUGAACAAGCCAGCUUUCAUGGCAAUCAAGCAGCACUCUCCAGACAAGCCUGUUCUAAUUUUUGUUGCGUCUCGGAGGCAGACUCGUUUGACAGCAUUAGAUCUAAUCCAUCUUUGUGGUAUGGAGAGCAAUCCUAGGAGAUUUUUGAAAAUCGACGACGAAGGUGAGUUACAGUAUUAUUUAUCGCAGGUUUCUGAUGAGACAUUGAAAUUAGCUUUGCAAUUUGGAAUUGGUUUGCAUCACGCAGGGUUAGUUGAAAAAGACCGCUUCAUUUCCCAUGAACUUUUCCAAAAGAAUAAAAUACAAGUGUUGGUGGCAACCUCCACUUUAGCUUGGGGUGUCAAUUUACCUGCCCAUUUGGUUAUUAUAAAGGGCACUCAAUUUUUUGACGCUAAAAUAGAAGGUUACCGCGACAUGGAUUUGACCGAUAUCUUGCAAAUGAUGGGAAGAGCUGGUAGACCAGCCUAUGACACAUCGGGUACCGCUAUUGUCUACACAAAACAAGCAAAGAAAAUGUUUUACAAGCAUUUCCUUAACAUUGGAUUCCCAGUUGAAUCGUCCUUGCAUAAAGUUUUGGAUGAUCACUUGGGUGCCGAAAUUGCAUCUGGGUCUAUAACCAACAAACAGGAAGCAAUGGACUUUUUGAGCUGGACAUUUUUCUUCAGAAGGGCGCAUCAUAAUCCAACCUAUUAUGGUAUAAUGGAAGACAGCUCUGCAGCCGGAAUAAACAGUUACCUCAGUGACCUAAUUGAUAAAACUCUCGAAAACUUGGAAGAAUCGAGCUGUGUGACAUUGAAGGGAGGGGAAAUCGAGGCUUUGCCCUUCUUGAGCAUCUCGUCUUAUUACUAUAUUUCACACAAGACUAUUCGUCAGCUACUAAAACAAAUUUGUGAUAAUGCAACAUUUCAGGAUGUACUGAAGUGGCUUUCACUUGCAGUUGAAUUUAACGAGCUUCCGGUAAGAAAUGGAGAGAUUAUCAUGAAUGUUGAGAUGUCCGCACAGUCUCGCUAUUCAAUUGAGAGCACAUUUACAGGAGAGCAAGAGCUUCCCAUGUGGGACCCACACCUGAAAGCAUUUUUGUUGCUGCAAGCUUAUUUUAGCCGUGUUGAUCUGCCCAUAGCUGAUUAUCAUCAGGACACCAUCUCUGUCCUGGAUCAAACACUGCGUAUCUUGCAAGCGUACGCGGACGUAGCCGGUGAGCUGGGCUACUUUUCAACAUUACUGACCAUUAUUAAGGUGAUGCAGUGUGUGAAGCAAGGGUGUUGGUAUGAAGAUGACCCAAUCAGCCUACUCCCCGGCGUUGGCUUGAAGAGACUUCAUAAUACUGAGUUUAAUUUAGGAGGCUAUCCAGUUGAGACUUCUGAAUCAAUGGGUCUCGACCACCUUGGCAGGCUCGGACACAAAAGGCUCGAACAACUGGCCAGGAGCUUGAAGAUUCCCCACAACUUUGUUAAGAACUUCAUCAACGAAAGCUUGAGGCUACCAGUAUUAACAGACAUUAAGGUAGAGCCGCAAGCCAGUCCAAAUAGCCUACUUAUUACCGCAAAACAUGGAGGGUCCAAGUAUAAUAAGAACUUCGAGGUUUAUUGCGAGAAAUUUCCCAAGAUGCAAAAAGAGUUAUGGUUUGUUAUUGGUUCUCAAGGUCAAGAGUUGUUGAUGGUUAAAAGGUGCCAGCCAAGAAAAAAGGAUAGUGGUGUUAUGAUUAGCUGCGAUUUUGUAGUUGCCGAAGAGCUGCACGGUCAAAAAUUGAAGUUCACCAUAAUCAACGAUGCUCUUGACCUCAAGUACGAACUAGAGCAUACAUUGAAACAGUGA